AUGCACUUCACUACCUUCCUCCCCGUCAUGGCCUUCGGUGCCGCCCUUGUCCAGGCUGUCCCUGCUGACGACCUCGUCGCCAGAGGUGCUGUCUGCGUUGACAGCGAUAUGGCUCGUGUUCGCGCUGCUGAGAGCGCCCCUUACACUUUCUGUAACAACUGGAUCAACGCUGCCACUCACUCUUCCUCGCCCAUCAACGGCUUGACCAUGAAGCGUGUCUCGGCUGCUUGCCAGUGUAUCGUUUCCGAGGCCAAGAAGGCUGCUGCUUCCUCCUCCAAGGCAUCGGCCCUGUCGGUUGCCUCCAAGUCCCGCGCUUCGGCCUCCUCUGUCCUCUCUGCCUCCAGAGCCUCAGUCUCCAAGUCCAAGGCUUCGGUUGCCUCUGUCUCCAAGGCUUCGCGUGUCUCGGUUGCCUCUGUCUCCAAGGCUUCUGCUAUCUCUCGCGUCUCUGCCGCUCAGGCUUCAGCCGCCGCUUCCAAGGCCUCCGUCGCCUCUGUCUCCAAGGCUUCCGUUUCCAAGGCCCGCGCCUCUGUUGCUUCCGUCUCUAAGGCCUCUGCCGCCUCUCGCGUCUCGGCUGUUCAGGCUUCCAUCUCCUCUUCCAAGGCUUCUGUCGCCUCGAUCUCUCGCGCCAAGGUCUCUGCCUCUCAAGCAUCUGUCAUCUCCGUCUCCAAGGCUUCGCGCUCUUCGGCCAUGCUUGCUUCUCAGUCUAGCGCUCACAUGGUUGCCGCCUCCCAGGCUUCCGUCUCCGCUGCCUCUGUUGCCUCUGCCAAGUCUGUUGCUGCAUCCGUCUCCAGAGCCGAUGCUUCUUCCGCCAGACUUGCUUCCGUCUCUGCCUCCAAGGCCUCGGCUGCUUCUGUUGCCUCUGCCAUCUCCUCCAAGUCUUCUGCUUCCGCUGCCUCCGCCGCCUCUGCUUCCAAGGCUUCCAGCAUUUCUGCUCACUCCUCUGCCUCCGCUGCUUCCUACGCUUCAUCCGUCUCUGCCGCUUCAGUCUCCCGCGCUUCAGUCUCCGCUGCUCGUGCUUCGGAUGCCUCUGUUGCCAGCUCCAUCUCAUCUGCCUCCAAGGUUUCUGCAUCUUCGGCCAUGUCUGUCUCUCGCGCUUCUGCCGCUUCGGUCUCCCGCGCCUCUGUCUCCGCCUCGCGCGCCUCGGUCGAGUCUGCCUCUCGCGCAUCGGCCUCUGCCGCUGCCACCAUGGUUGUUCCCUUCAACGGCACCACCAACGCCAACCGUUUCCGUCACUAG